UUACUAUUUCACAGAAAUCUUGCAUGAUCAUCAUCAUUUCUUUUAUUUUCUUCCUUAUCGCUGACUAUUGAUCUUCAAGGGAGGUGUAGAUGGACACAGGGCUCAUUGUGGGAAUGGUGUUGUUAGGCUUGUUUGGUGGAUACCUUAUUACAUCAGUUUUACUCCUUAAAUAUCCAUUGAUACUACAUAAGCGAAAACAACUGAAGUUCAGAUGUCGGCAUAUCUGCCACCGAGGGGGAGCGGGCGAGAGACUAGAAAACUCCAUGUCAGCAUUCAAACACGCGUGUCACAUAGGCACUGAUAUGUUGGAAAUUGACUGCCACAUUACUAAGGAUGGACAGGUCGUGGUAACGCAUGAUAAUAACCUGCAGAGAUUAACAGGCUGUGACGUUUUAGUUUCCGAAACGAAUUACGAAGAUCUUCCACUUCUGAAGCCAGAGCUCCGCUUGGACUUUGACUUUGGGUGGGUGACCCGGUGUUCAUCUGACAAUGAAGAAGACGACUUAGGGCAACGCCGUAUAACACUUCUGCGAGAAGUAUUUGAGCAAUUUCCAAACACUGUGGUGAACAUUGACAUUAAGGUGGACAAUGACGAAUUAAUACAAAGUGUGGCCAAUUUGAUAUCAGAAUUUAACAGAGAGAGCCUGACUGUUUGGGGGAAUAAAAGUGGAGUGGUUACAAAUAAAUGUUAUACUGCAAAUCCCAACAUUCCAGUUUUAGCAUCAAUUGGGACUGUUGUAAAAUGGGUUAUUCUGUUUUACACAGGCCUCCUUCCUUUUAUUCCUAUUCGAGAGGCUGCCUAUGAGAUUGUCAUGCCCAGUGUCAUAUUGAAAGAGGGGAAGACAAGGUUCCAAUUGAGUACAAAGCAGAGAGCACUACUUAAGUUUAUUGACUGGCUGUUGAUGAGCAAACAAAUGAUUCAGCAUUUAUCAGAAAGGGGGAUACAAACGUACAUCUGGGUGUUGAAUGAGGAAGAUGAAUUUGAGAAAGCAUUCCAACUGGGAGCUACUGGAGUCAUGACAGACUUUCCCACAAAACUCAAACAGUAUCUGGAGCCAGGGCAUGUUUUGGACAACAAGACAUAAAGACCAAUUUCUAGAAUUUAUAUUUUCAUCAGUAUUGGCUAGUGAUACAUUCUUAAAUAAAUCUCCAUAAAUCAAAAGGUGUAAAGUAAGCAUGUAGAAAAAUGUUUCAUACAGGAAUUGCAGUUAAACAGAUUUUACUUGAUGAUGAUUGGCAGUAUUUUGUUGGACCAAAAGAUUUGUUUUGUAAGUUAGCAUCUUUUAAUUUUAGUAUUUGUACAACUUCACAAAUAAAUAAAUAAGAAGUACAGUAUAUUAGGCAACAUUUGUUUUGUAAUAUGGCAAAUAAAGCGUUCUCUAUUUUAUGGUUCAAAAUGUUUACUAAGAAAGCUUUAUGGCAUUUGAAAAUGGGCAAAUUUCCGAACUUUUCUGGUUUUGCACGCAUACAAUUGAUUGGACAAUUAAAAAAAUCCUUAACGGGGUCAACUUUAUUGAUGUGAAAAAUGUGAUCAAGUUACCUAAUCUCUGUAUCGUAAUGUUUAGUGGAUCAAUUUUUAACAACUUUUUUAUGUAUUUGGAAUAUUUACAUUUUUUGUAUACAGAAACAUAACGGGUGCCAAAUUGUUCCAUGAACUUAAAUAUAAUUUUUUGUCAGUUUACAGUCUAUUUUUAAUGUUCAAGGAAGGAAAGUUAUAUCAAGGUUGUUAAUGUUUGAGGAUGUUCAUAUAUGUGGAAGAAUUGUGAUAUCAGCAAUGCCACUUGAAUAAAAAGUACAAGUUGUA